AUGCUCUGGUAUCUCUUGUCUCCGAUUCGCGGGACGACGGCACCUCCGCGUCUGCCUGCAAGUCAUCCCAUCCGCCGAGCUUUCUAUCGACAUGGCAAGACUACAGCACAACACUGGCUAGCGGUCAUGUUGAUCAGCGUUGCAAUCGCCAUGGGAUUCUCGUAUCCAUCAAUUUUCCUUGCAGAGAAUCCUGCAGCGGGCCAGUCAGCGUUUCCAAAUCAAGCCUGGACCACGGCCAAACCUAUUGAAGACGGAAAUACUCCCAUCGAUGUCGAGCUUCGUCAGAUCUGGAUACAUGGAAGCUACAUGGAAGCACUCGACAAGCAAGUUCUGCAAAGGGCAUUGAAAGUCCAACAAAGCUUGAUUGUCGACGACCACCUCAGCAACGCCCUUCCAGCCUUGAGUGACAACCUGCGAUCAGGGACAUUGGAGUGGGGCUAUCACUCUCCACUGAUGUACUGGAACAGCUCUGCGCAGAUCCUGGAAGCCGAUUUAGAUGUCUUGAAGACGAUCAACACCCAGAAACUCGGCUACUCGUCUCUCAACGUCGCACUUCGGCCAGCGUCUGUGCUUGCAGGCAAAAGAUUCAAUCGCAAUGAGCUCCUCGCGGCAGACGCUCUAGUCAUUACGCUGAUCAACAAAUUCGAAGAGGACAUUGGCAGCCAGUGGCAGGAGAAAAUGAAGUCACUGGCAUUUGGAGCUUGUCGGGAUUGCGCCAUGUUCCCAUCUGAUGGGCAUGUCACGAGUCACCGCGUCUACGAAUUCAGCCUUACGCCGCUGAGCUUCAAAGAGCACAUUGCCCUUGGCUUUGCGUACGGUUGCAUGGCGGUCUAUGUCUUGGUGAGCUUCCGGCGAAUGAAGGCCUUCCACAGCCGCUUCGGACUCGUGGUCACUGCCAUCACACAGAUGACGUGCUCAAUUCUUGCCAGUUUCACCAUAUGUGGGAUGCUCAAGAUCAACCUGGCCACGAUUCCCCAAAAUGCAUACCCUUUUGUGGUACUGGUCCUCGGCGUUGAAAACAUGUUCCGUCUGAUCAAUGCCGUGCUCGCCUAUCCGCCGACAAUGGCAACAGAAUUGCGCAUUGCCAACGCUCUUGGAGAUAUUGGGCCUUUAUCUGUUGCCGCUGCUGCUCAGAACCUGACGAUACUGUCCUUAUUGUCAACUUUAGUGUCUCCAGGUGUUGCUGCUUUCUGUGCUUUUGCAGCAAUUGCGACUCUUUUUGACGCCUUCUUUCUCCUAACAUUCUUCGUUGCGGUCCUGAAUGUCGAUAUAACACGUCUUGAGCUGCAAGAUGCCCUCACAGCGAGACAUACGCAAGUCCGGACCCGUCAUCGCCGGAAACACUCACCAACGCAUCCCGGCUUCGUCGAUGCCAUGCUCCAUGGGCGACUUCCCUUCAGCACACGGAUGGCCGGCACUCUAGUAACGACUACAUUCAUUCUGUCACUAAACUUCCACUUCUUCRAGCACAGCGAGCAGGGUACCAGUUUCGGGCAGCUUCUGGGGAUGGUUCCAGCUUCCAACGCCGCAAGUGAUCCCUUUGUGUUGCCGUCGGUGAAUGCCACAUUGUCACCAAACGAGUGGAUGCAAAUGCAAGAUUUCAGUACUGCGAAGGAAGUCAUGGCCCUCGCAAAACCAGGCGCCGCCAGCUUUGUUAUCAGCGUUUACGCUCCUCUGGUCAUUGUCCUCGGCGGUGCCGAUCGAACUGGAGCUACCAGUGGACCCAAGGAAGCCUGGACGCAGGCAAUGCGCAGCUUUGCUAUUCACCAUUUCUAUCCAGUCGCAGUGGCGAUUGUUUUCAUCGUUGCAUUUGUUGUGGUUCUUAUGAAUUUUCUGCUCUACAAUCAAGCAGGAGAUGAGGAUAAUGAUAUCGCUCUCGAGCAACUUGAAGACUUUCUGUCUGUUCAAGAGGUCUCUCUGCCUCUUAAACUUGACAUCGUUAAGAUGGCAGCUAGCAACGAGAGUGGACAUUUCGUUACCAUAUCGUUAGACCGCAUUGUUGCAAUCUCGGUCUUGGACAGACAACAGCAGGCCUACCAUACGGUAGCAGUGCCAUCAGAGGUUCUUAAUAACAUUAGCUGGCCCGUUCACCAUCUCGCUAUCGGCGAUAAUGGGGACUGGAUCGCCUGCCAUUGCGCCGAUGAUCGCAUCUUGGUAUACAACUCUGUAACCGGAUCGUCCAUAUCCAGACUUGUCCAGUACCCGGAUGACCACCCAGCAAUCCUGUUCGAUUUUUAUACACUACCAUGCGAAGGCGGAGCCAAGCUCCACUUCAUCGCGCUGACUUCCGGCGCACGGCUGGCCAUGAGUUGUAUGGAAAGCGGAGCAUCGAGCGGCGCAGAUUUAUACAGCAUGCCGUUGAUAGCAGCCGACAUCAUCGACACAAAAUCAGGAGGUCGUCAACUUGUCAUUGUGAUUGAGGACUCUACUGUCAUUUCUCAUAGCUGGAAUGGCGAGAAAUGGGUACAGAGUGCAAGCCGGAAACUUGGSGCCGAAAAUCCGCAUGGAGGCCUGAAUGGUGCGGUCUCCUUGCAGUUGUGGUCCGACCUCGAAAUGGAACGAUUGAUCCUAACGACAUCAACAUCGGCAUACUUUCUGGACAGCAGUACACUGGACGAAUUGCACCAUGUGGACAUCUCCGAAGCAGGUACUCAUGGCAAUAGACUUCUAGUAGGCUCUUCGCGGACGUGCAAAUGCGGGCACACUGCGUUUCGGAAAUUUGCCGUCUCAGGCGAGGUGCCUGGGAAAGAUGAAUGCACCCUCACGGUGUGGACACCAGAAGAUGAGCACGGUGCGAGCUUAUGCCUGACAUGUCGGCCACUUUCUAGAGCGAUGUACGAGAAGCAUACUGUCAGUAGGCCUGGCGCCUGGGUUGGUGUACGCUCGCAAGCCAUUCUUGGUCUACGGAGGCGUAGGCAGCCACCGACCGACCAGGAAGCAGGCAGCAAUCGACGACCCAACGCCUCUCAGCUGCGACAACGCCGACACGCGCGUAAAGCCACGAAUGACGAGUCAAGUGAGGAGCAAUGGGAAGCCUACAAGCUUUUGGCUGACGGUGACAUGGAAACGCUUGAUGUUCUCUCGGACACGGCUUCCGGUCUUGGCUGCGCCGCGAGCUUGCACGUCAACAACCCUGGACCGGUAGCCGUACUUAGUCCUCAUGCUAUUGCCGUUGCUUUUGGCAAUGUUGUCAUAGUCGUCAGGAUUGCUCGACGUGGAAGGGCUGCAAGCACUUCGUUGGAGAGACAGUCAUCGUUGGCCGGACGUGGCAAUGCCGUUCGAAGAGCGCGAUGA